AUGAAGGUUUUAUUUGCCAGAGACCUGGCGUUAACCAAGCCGAACCUAACUGGGGCCACGGCCUGUGGCUUAGCAGACCGAGGGACCCGAGGUAGUGUCUUCAGAUUCCUCGGGUUAACUCCACGCUGGCGGAGCCCAGAGAAGCAGGGGGGACGUGACAGGGUGCACCUAUCCACGCUAGAGACGAGCAGCAGGCCAGUGUCGAUCGGAUCCAGAAAACGCCGUGGCAUAGAGAACAGCAAUCCGUUAUUCACUGGAACCAUGGGGGCCGAGCGUGCCAGGCAGCCCUUGAGUUUCACCAGCUGUCCACCACGCUUGCCACGAGCCAUGCAGAACGUGGAGAAUCUUUUAGGCACACUUGAUGUAACAGCGAAUGUUACAACAAAACACUCUAGCAAUUUUGUGGCCCUCGUGUUCAAAUCCAGUGGUCCCUUUAACGGCCUUGCAAUUUAUGUCAGUGAGGAUGAGGCAAACUUGAAGGGCGUCACCAACAGCAAAGUGCGUGUUCAACUACCAAAGGACCUGAAUAUUGAACCACAUGACAAGAUCAUCUUCGCUCUGUAUAAGCUGCCUGAAACCAACAGGAAUAACGUCACCUGUUCCUGUAACCAUUUCACGUACUUCGGUGUGCUCAUGGAAACUGGUUCCGUCUCAAAGACAGACCAGGAGAUACUAGCAUACAUUACUCUGAUUGGCUGCAGCGUUUCUCUCUUUGCCCUGGUCGUCACUGUUUUACUCUUCAUCAUAAUUCGGAAACUCAGAGAAGAUGCCUCUAUGAAGAUCCACAUCAACCUCGUAAUUGCCCUGAUCCUCCUCAACCUGCACUUCCUGCCCAGUCAUACAGCUGCAGCAGCACAGACCUCCCACUGGCUUUGUUUCUACAUGGCUCUUGCCCUUCAUUACUCCCUGCUGGCCACUUUCAGCUGGAUGGCCUUGGAGGGGUUCCAUCUCUACCUUCUGUUAAUCAAAAUCUUCAACAUUGGUGUCAGCAGAUACCUGCUCAAACUCAGCGUGGUGGGAUGGGGUCUCCCUGCGGUCAUCGUGUCAGUGGUGGUGGGCAUAGACAGACGCUUUUAUGGCCGUGUCUCUCCAGACUGGUCACAUGAUGAAGACGCUCAAAUAUGCUAUAUAACUAAUAAAAUAGUGAAGACGGUGACGACAACAGGGAUCUUCACCAUGGCGUUCGUCUUUAAUAUGAUCAUGUUUAUGGUGACAGUCAAGCGUGUUUUGAAUCUUCACCGUAAGAAAGUCGGGCAAAGUAUUUGUCCCCUGCUGGGUGUCAGCGCCCUGCUCGGCAUUACCUGGGGCCUGAUCUUCUUCGCAUUUGGUCAAGUGAACACUGUUGUCCUCUACCUCUUCUGUAUCCUGAACCCACUGCAAGGUUUCUUCGUCUUCCUGUGGUUUGUGAUGUCACUGAGAAAGGCUAAAAACUCAGCUCCUAAGCCGAGCAGUGAAACACACACCACCAACAACGAGUAACAGCUCAAGAAGUGUGUCAGUGGAUUUUAAUGCUGCAAAGUUUGACAUUAUUAUUUCUGCUUUAGGAUGUUUGCAUGCGCAACAAUGUAACAGAGCAACUGAUUCUAAAGGAUGUAAAUGAAUGUGAUAUUAAGUGUGAACAUUUUAAAAGCUCUGCUUUAAUGUUUGAAGCUUUGCUGUUACUAUGCCACAGCGUGCAUACAGUGUAAACUCUGUGCUGAGGGGUUUUUCUUUGCCCACAGCAGGUCAGAUGGGACGUUUAUUUGACUUUUUCCAUUUAGGGGCACUUCAGUCCAGAAUGACUGGAAGACAGAGAACAGAUGAAGUAUAUUGAUGUACUUGAUCUUCACCAGAUUGGUCAGAGGUCAGAGUGAUAAUUAUAGAAAAUCCUGAUCUGCUUUUUUAGUCCUGAUUGGUCCUGAUUCAUAGUCUGCCUCAAGUCCCACAUCCAUGUUAAUGCAUUCCAUAAAGAUCUGAUCUUAGUUUUAUGUUCAUCAUCUGUUUAAUGCUUUGAGUGAUUCUGAUAUAUUCAUGUAGAUUAGACCAGCACUACUGUGCUUUGUUUUGUAUGUUUUUGGCAUAUUUCCUACGGGAUUUUUAGAAUGUCUUUAUAUGUUUAUAAUUUUGUAUAUCUGAACAUGCAUCUGCAUAAAUUGUAAUAUCGGGGGCUGUGGUGUCAAUGUAAAUAGUAAAGGUUGGUAAUUGUGUUUUGCAGUUUCUGCAUUAUGAUUUAUUUGUAUGUGAUUGUAUUCCUGCUAACAGACCUGGUUUGCCAUAUUUCACUGAAAAUUGCAUUUAUGGCUGCAGUCAUUAUAUAUUAUAUAGUCACUGUAUAUUGCUGGGUGAUGUUUUAAAGUUUUGUACAUGCAAAGAUAUAAUUUCCAACUGCAGCUAUAAAUACAGAACCUUGUUUAACAGACUGAUAUUUGAAUAGCACCGUUACAAGUCGUUAAGGCAAAUAACCUGAUACUCCUAGUUAAACUGUGCUCUUUCUGUACGUCUGUGCUUCUGCCUCAGGUCACUGCUGAAGCUGAUGACUGGGAGCUGGUUUGAUUUUCAUAGAUAUUAAACUACCACAGCCUGGAGCUCAAACUCCACAGUGUAGCCCUAAUUUUGCUUAAUAGUUUAUGUGAACAAGAUUUUUUUUACUA